AUGGAUUUUUUUACUAGUAGAGAUAGUGAAGAUGACGAGGAUGAGGCAACUGUCAGUGCCUUACAGGGUUUGAUAUGUCCCCUGCAAGCAGCAAUGAUGCCAGUACCAACUGAAGCAGCUUCAAUUGCUGACUCCUCUAGCUUGGAUAUCAGUGUUAAGAGCGACACUCAGAGUAUACAGGAGGAACAGCAGGAGGAGGAGGAGGAGGCAGGUGCAGAGACAGGUGAAAUUCUUGAAAUGGAAAUGGAUAAAAUAUCUGAUAAAGCCCAUAAAAUGGAAUGCAGUCAUCUUGAGGGAGAUAUAAAACUGAUAAAAGUGCCUGAUAAUAGCGAACAAGAAAAACAUGUAUUAUUUGAAGGUGAUAGUAAACUGGAUCAGCUUAUGCAAUCUGAUGAGAUGGAUUAUGUUGACAGCCAACCUGUGGAGUUAGGUGCAAUUGUUGUGGAGACUGCAAUGACUGAGGAUGAUGGAGAUAGUGAUACUAGCACUGAACCCACUGAGGAUUCCAUGGCAACAGAUCAAAGUGAAACUGGACUUUUUACACUGAUGAAAAAGGCAAAAAAAAUGGAAAGGAAGAUAGAAGAUUCUGACAGUUCUGAUUCUGACUUGAGAGAUUCGAGUGAUGAGUCCUGUGAGCAUAGCCAAAUUGUGCCUUCAGAUGAAAUUGAGCAAUCACAUAUUGAAGAUAAGGUAGAGGAUGUAAAAAGUGAUUCUACGACUAAUACCAAUGAUUCAUUUAUGACACAGGCUCGUAAAGAAGCACGCAGAAAUUGGUGGACGGCACUUAAGUCGCAUUCAAAGGAACAAAAGUUUGAGUCUGAGAGGAUGGUGACUCCAAUCCCAGAUACAACAGCCACAUCUCGUUUUUCAGGUGUUGUAUGGGCAAAAAUGAAGAAUGAUGGUGAUGUGCAUAGCACCAAAACUGGUGGGAAGUUGAUAAUGAUGAUGACGAAAGGAUGGUUUAACGCGAGAACUAAUGGUUGUAACUUUGGAAAACACAAAUAA